AAAGGCACGGCAGAGAAGAUGCUGAUGAGUUCUAUUCAUGCCUGUUAAGUUUCUUGUAGCUUCCAGCAUAAACUCAUCACUUCCAUCAUGAAGAAACAAACAGAAAAACAAGAAUUAAAAAGAAACCCACAAAGGAUUGAAAAGCUCCACUUGUUAUAGACAACUGUGUAAGAAAUGGGAAGUAGUGAAACUAACAAGACAAAGACUGUAGCAGGAGAAGCAGGCUACGUACUGGAAGAUGUUCCUCACCUCUCUGAUUAUAUUCCUCACCUCCCCGCGUAUCUCAAUCCACUGCAAGAUAAUCCUUCCUACUCAGUUGUCAAGCAAUACUUUGUUAACAAGGAUGACAGUGUUACACACAAGAUUGUUGUUCACAAGGAUAGUCCGAGAGGUACUCACUUUCGUCGUGCUGGACCUCGUCAAAAGGUGUACUUUGAGUCUGAUGAAGUCCUUGCAUGCAUAGUAACUUGUGGGGGGCUAUGCCCUGGUAUAAACACAGUGAUAAGGGAAUUAGUAUGUGGUCUGCAUUACAUGUAUGGAGUGAGCAGCGUUCUUGGAAUAGAGAGCGGAUACAGAGGUUUCUACUCAAAGAAUACCAUUCCUUUAACACCAAAAGUUGUCGAUGACAUUCACAAACGUGGUGGUAGUAUUAUUGGGACAUCACGAGGAGGCCAUGAUACAUCAAAAGUAGUUGAUAGCAUCCAAGACCGAGGUAUCAAUCAGGUUUACAUAAUAGGAGGAGAUGGCACUCAACAGGGAGCAUUGUUGAUUUUUGAGGAGAUCAGAAGACGGGGUCUGAAAGUUUCUGUGGUCGGAAUACCUAAGACCAUUGACAACGACAUCCCGGUUAUAGACAAAUCUUUUGGUUUUGAUACUUCUGUUGAGGAAGCUCAACGAGCAAUCAAUGCAGCUCAUGUUGAAGCAAAUAGCAUCGAAAAUGGUGUUGGAGUUGUCAAAUUGACGGGGCGUUACAGUGGAUUCAUAGCAAUGUACGCUACUCUUGCCAGUCGAGACGUAGACUGCUGUUUGAUUCCAGAAUCUCCGUUUUAUCUGGAAGGACCUGGAGGACUUUUUGAAUACAUAAGGAAACGGCUCAAGGAAAACGGGCACAUGGUCAUUGUAAUUGCUGAAGGUGCAGGGCAAGAGCUUCUUGCUAAAAACAUGCAUGACAUGGACCAGCUGGAUCCGUCAGAAACCAAGUUGCUUCAAGACGUCGGCCUCUGGAUAACUGAGAAAAUUAAGGAUCAUUUCACAAAAGAACGAAAAAUGAUCAUAAACGUCAAGUACAUUGAUCCAACAUAUAUGAUACGAGCAAUCCCAAGCAAUGCUUCGGAUAACGUCUACUGUACACUUUUAGCUCACAGUGCAAUCCAUGGCGCUAUGGCAGGCUAUACAGGCUUUGUUGUCGGCCCUGUAAACGGCAGGCAUGCUUAUAUACCAUUUCAUAGAAUCAAUGAGAGAAGGAACAAGGUGGUGAUAACAGACAGGAUGUGGGCAAGGCUCUUGUCUUCAACUAACCAGCCAAGUUUCUUGAAUCCCAAAGAU